UGAGGUUUCCAAGGAGAUCAGAUGUCAACAAGGUACAUCUUUCUCCCCUUGAGCAUCCGGCAGAAAAUCUAGCUUCCAGCAGGUUCUAAGCCAUGAGUGAGUUGCUGGGUCGUCAGGACUGUAUCGACAGCCUCCGAAAAGACCUGGUCGACCUUCAAGGGGCGAUUCUGGACGUGCUGUCCAGAACCGGCCCGGUCCGCUUUUCCUCCUGGAAGUUCCCCGACAAACUCUCUUGUAAUCUAGACAUGGUAGCUCUGCUGGAGCAGUACGAUUUUAUGGAUGGGGAGGACGCAUUCAACCAGCAUUCCCACAUUGUUUUACUGGAGCUGCUGAUUGACAGGCUUCUACUUCUUCUGCAAAGCUGCAGUGUUUUUGCUGAGCAAAUGAGUGGCAGCUACAGGAGCGAACAACCCCAGCAGAAAGUAUGCCUCUCAGUUGGUCUUGUGGUCAGGAGCUAUUGGAGUAAUUUAGUUCAGUUUGCCAACAUAAAGGAGAUCUGCCGAGACAUUAAGAAACAAACAAAAACAUUUAACUGUGAUGAGACAAAAACGCCUGGCUCCAGCCAAAUAAGUGCACGCUCUGAGUUCUGCAGACAUUGUUCAUCGGCCCGGUCUUCAGCGAGCUCAUUUAAAUAUAUCCCACAAAGUCAGGAUGCCUCCAGUCCUACCCACAACACCCCGAACCAUCCUGUCGUUCAAGGCCAUAAUGUAGGCUGCCAGACAAUCGUAUCGUCCCUCAUUCCCUGUGAUGCUUGUCAUCAAGUGCAGUCCAUUUUGAGAAAGACGGGAGAUGCUUUAGUAGAUCUAUUACAGUGUGAGGGUCUGCCCUCAUCUCUGCAGCCUCUCUUAGCAGCUGUGGAGGACACACUGGAACUGGGACACAUGACAGCAGGUGAUGUUGGUCAGUGGGCCAAUGAGCAACUCAGGGACAUGCGGCGGCUGGCAAAACAUGUUCACGAUGUGCGGUGUACGGUACAGCCUCUUAAAGAUCGACUAGCUGCAGUAGAAACGGAAAGGGAGAGAUCCCGAGCCCAACUGGAAAAGGUGCAGAACGAGUUCAAGCAACAAAUAGAAAAACACCAAGCAAACGUAGUCCAGCUGGAAUUUUCACUGCACAAAGUACAGAGAUCCAUGACAGAAACAGAGCAAAGACUACUUGAGGAGCAACAGCAACUUAAAAGAGAUGCUUUGUCCCUGGAGGAGAGUAAUGCCAGACUAAAGGAGAAAGUAGUGUUUUUGCAAGAUACUUUACAAGCGCUUGAAUGUGAGAAGCAUGUGCUGCAAGACAAAGUGAAGACCUUGCAAGGAAAGGGUGAGGCUUGUUGCGAACUGCAAAACAGGGUCCAGCAAUUAGAGAGCCAGAUCUCUGACAUUCAGCUUCUUCUUGACAAAGAGCGUGCCAAGUACCAGAGUGCUUGCCGACAACAAGAGUCAAUGCAAGCAAAGCAGAACUGUUUGCUAGAGAGAGUCGAUGCCCUGGACGAAGAGUGUGAAGAGUUGCAGAAGCAAUUAGGAGAAAGAGAGGAGCAACAUAUAAACCUACACAAUGAGCUGCAACAAAUGUCAGAGGAGAAAGAAAAACUGCAAGCUCAGCUCACUCAGCAGCAGGAGUUGCACUUAGGGCUUGAAAAGGAGAAGCAGAAACUCGAAACACAGGUGAGCGAGCUGAAAAAGUGUGUGGUCGAGCAGAAGGAAUACGUGCAAGGAUUAAAGGAGAGGGAGCGACUGUUGGUGGCUUUUCCAGAGCUCACCCCGCUGGCUCAGGCCCAACCACAGAGUACAGGAAAUGUGCUUCUGGAUAUGGAGCAACAAAUGCAGGCAAAUAGCAUUCGUAUAAAGGUUCUGGAGCAGGAAAAUGCUGCUCUACGCAGAAGUCUUGAGAAACUGGGGGAAAGAGCGCAACAUAAUUCCAUCAGGGAAACCUCCCCCCUGCAGGCGUGGAGUGUAUCUCCAUCCAGCACUCCAACAGAAAAGCAACAAAAUCACCUGACACAAAUGCAGAAGAGUCCAUUGCAGAGCAGCAGUGCACCACGGCUGGGCCCCAGUCACAGAAGAAAGGAAGCGAGAGGUGGGGAAAGUAGUUUGGAGUCAUCCAGGUCAGAGGAUCGUGUGUCUGCCUCCCCCUCCUCCCUGCACCUUCAAACCAUCCACCUCAACACGGACUCCACUCCUGCAAAAAGCCCCACGAGGCUACGCAGCACAUCUCUGUUCUCUCAUUCUAGAGGCGUGAAUCCGAGGAGAAAGUAAAUGUAAAUGUAUUUAAUCAGAAGCUACUUUUGUGAAAGACAGCACAAGUCUGUUUAAGUACCAUUGGCAACAAUUACACCGUGCACUUUCUUACAUUAACAAUGCUUCUAUCCUACAUUACUGUGUGCACUUACGACUGUUAUCACUCCAUAUGUCAUUGAUGUUAAACCAACUAUGUCUCACUGUGUAAACUUAAAAGGAAGAGUUCUGACAAAGGAAUCACAUGGGUCAAAGUAAAUGGAUGGCUGGAACAACCUUGAAUGUCACGCAAAUAAUGUGCGAGAGAAAGACAUCCGUGUCAUUGUUUGUAUGCUUUCUGGCAAGGGUGGGUGUUCCCAUGGAAACGCCAGAGCUUUCAGGAUUCAGAGGAAUCAUGCUCAACUGAAUCUCACUUCAGACCUUUAUUUCAUUCCUCGUUAGUGCACCAACAUUAAAAUGCAACUUAUGAUCCUUAAUUUGGAGAUGAGCCAUUUUUGCAUUCACAUGCCAGGCACUGGGCUCGUUUUGCUGUGCUAAUUUAAGAUGUCACGAGUUCAGUUGUGUGAGUCUAAUAUAGAGUCACAAAUUUGACUUGAUUAGCGUUUCUAAUCAUCUUAGUAUCGACACUUUGACCUCUCACUAAUGCGUCCCGAAUGAACACCUGAUCUGUCAUUUUAUUCAAUUAAAAGGCAACUCAUGACUGCAGGGUUAAUCCCUAACAUGGGUUAGCUAAACAUUUGUGUCAUCAAGCAUGUAAUGAAGUUAGUCUAAAGUACAUUCAGCUAGCAGCCAUAGAUGGAAGGGAAAAUGUUGCUCGACAAAGAAUUUCAUCACCACAGCAUCAAGUCAUGAUAAUGUGAUUAUGUAGACUUACACAGACUAUAUACUUCCUGCAAGAUGAUAAAAUCACUUACAUUGCAGAUUUUUUAUUUAUUUAUUUUUUUAAUCAUGGGAGGGCUACAGUAGAAUAUAGCAAAAGAAAAAAGAAGCAACCAUUAGAUAUGGUCAGGAAACAUACCCAGUAGAUUACCUACAUUAAGACAAUUGUGUUUUAUAGUUUUUCUGAGUCAUGUUUUGUCUGAGUCAACAUCCAUUACUGCAUUCAGGUUAAUAUUGAAGGAAGCAACACCCAGAAAAGGAAGCAAAACAUUAGAUAAAGUUUUAAAGCUAUUGUUUUCAUUUAUAGAGUACUCAAAUGAGAGUCCUGCUGAGUUUAUUUCUCUUUUUUAAGGUGGGGUUUUGGUAUUACUGCAUAAUAAUGUUAAAUAAAUCUGGCUAUAGCAAAACGGGAAA